UGACGCUGCAGCUUCUGACAGCAGAAUGACGAUCGGUUAGAGGGGGUUUCUGCUUCAGAUAGAUAAAAGAUUAAAAAACAGGACAAAAGGAGCAACAAGCACCGCUGAAUGUCCGUUUAUCUGAAUCAUUCCAUCAAAUGAUCCACGUAGAAAACACUAAAACAUGCAGCUGUCGUGUAAACGUUCUUGUCCUGAGACCAAAUCUGAGAAAAGAAUGUUUUUAAAUUAUGUAAGAAGCAAAAUUAGACACAAAACAAGGGGUAUGAGACACAGAAUUAGAUAGAAAACAACACAAAGGAGUCACAAAACACGAAAAUACAACACAAAAUGACCAACACUAGACAGAAAACAAGAAAUAUGAGAAACUAAGGAGUCUUUGUCUUGUUUUUGUCCAUUUCUGUCAUUUUGUGUCUUGUUUUUGUUGAUUUGUGUCUCGUUUUUCUCAAUCCAUGUCUCGUUUUUGUCGUUAUGUCACGUUUUUGUCGAUUUGUGUUUUUUCUCAUUUUCUGUCUCAUUCUUGUCGUUAUGUCACGUUUUUGUCGAUUUGUGUUGUUUCUCAUUUUCUGUCUCAUUCUUGUCGUUAUGCCAGGUUUUUAUUGAUUUGUUUUUUUCUCAUUUUCUGUCUCAUUUUUGUCGUUUUCUGUCUCGUUUUUGUCAUUUUCUGUCGUUUUUGUCAUUUUCUGUCUCAUUUUUGUCGUUUCGUGUCUCAUUUUUCUCAUUUUCUGUCUGUCAUUUUGUGUUUCAUUUCUGUUAUUUUGUGUCUAGGUUUUGUUGUUUUAUAUCUCAGUUUUGUCAUUCUGUGUCCUGUUUUUGUCAUUUACAUCAUCAAACAGUUUUCCUAAAGAAUGUGCAGAGCAAAGCUAUGUCCUCUCAUCUCAUUUUCAUCUUGAUUGAAUGUCUCUCUCUACCUCAUAUUAUCAGGAUCAGACUCAUUCUUUUUCCUGUUUUCCAUCAGUCAGUUUGUCCUCUUGGUCAGCAGUAACAGCUAGCUAAAUAUCUAGCUUCUACUGCUGAGAAAAAGAUCACAUUAGCAUGGAUUAGAGUAGGGUUAGCAACAACACAGAAAACAUGGAAUAAAAAUGCUACCAUUGAUGUGGAAGAUGAGCCAAUUCGUACCUAUUCUUGAUGAAUGUGGAGCAGAAAACUGUAAAGAGAAGGUUUAUUUUCAAACAUUUUGAAGCCUGAGUGUCCUCCAGUUCUGGAAUGACUCGUUUAUCCGAUGGUCUGCAGCAGGAAGAGAAGCUGUAAAGCUCCAGACGGUGAUCCAAGCUGUGGUGUCUCAGUUACAGCUCGUCUUCCUGCAGAGUCGAGUUACACUAAAACUGAUUCUGACACUGAAGGAGCUUCAGUGCAGCUUCAUUUCUGUUUUAAUCCCUGAUUCACCCACAACAAAGACUUUAAAACACCCUGAGCUCAUCACUGAACAGCUGUAAUUAUGUGUUAUUUCUAUAAACCUGCUGAACAUCUCGUCUCCUCUUCCAGAAUGUCUUCGUUAUCAGAAGCAGAUUUCCGCUGCCAGCAUGGAGACACAAUCUGUGAGAUCCGGGUCUACGAACAGGAAGUGAUCGUGGUUCCCAUCGUCCUGCUGUCCAGCUUCGUCUUCACGCUGGUCUUGAUCUUCCUGCUGAGGUUCUGUCCAGAGAAGGUCGACCGGAUCCGUCCCAAAGCCUCCAAGUCCACGCCCAGGAGAGUUCUGCAAGGCAUCGAUGCUCCUCCCGGCAUCAACGUUCUGGAACAUGAGAGCAUCGCCCUGGACUCCCCCAGCUCCUACUCUACCUUCCACCCUCCCAACACCUACCAGUCCAAGCGUCUGUCCACACCUGUCCUCCCUCCACCUGUCCUCCCUCCACCUGUCUUCACCCCCAUCGUCCAGCCCAGAGAGCUUCCUCGCCAGCGGCUUCCCGAGUCUUUCAACCUGGUCUCUCCGCUGCCGGCCGCCUUCUCGCUGAAGUCCGACUCCUCGGUGUUGCUGUACCGAGCCCGAAUGGAGAACAGGAACGUGGUGCUGCGAGUCCUGAACGACUCUGCCGACGCCUCAGAGAGACACAGCUUCCUGGGCUUCGCCUCCUUCCUGGCCCAGCUCGGUCCUCAUCCCUUCCUGCCGGAGCUCCUGGGCGUCGUGUCGCUUCGAGCUCCUCUGGUCACCGUGGUGGAGGAGCUGGAGAACAGAGACCUGCUCAGCUUCCUGUGGAGAUGCAGACAGGAAAAAGCCGAUCCUCCGGCUGAAAUGACGGAGAGACGCAUCUUUACGAUGGUCCAGCAGGUCGCCUCUGCUCUGGAGUUCCUCCACAGCAAAGACCUGCUGCACGGAAACCUCCGAGCUCGCAGCGUUCUGGUCAGCCGGGGCUUCACGGCCAAGCUGUGGGGGCUUCACGGCGUCUACAGCAGGAAGAACCAGGACUCCACCCAGAGAGAAGAUCCCAGCAUGAAGAAGUGGCAAGCUCCAGAGCUGCUGGUCAGGAAGCCGGCCGGCCCCAGCAGCGACAUAUGGUCCCUGGGCGUCCUGCUGUAUGAAAUGGCUUCUUUAGGUGAAGCUCCGUUUGCAGAGAUUUCCGUCAAUGAACUUCUACAGUUUCACCAACGAGGAAAAACUCUGAAGAAACCGUCCAACUGCUCCAACGCGCUAUACGCCGUCAUCAAGGGCUGCUGCCAGUGGAAGGACCAGGACCGACCCACGCUGGCCGAGGCCGGCAGGAAGCUGGCGUCUGCAGAGAAGAGCGCCUCGGAUAAAGUCCUGAAGGCCGGCGGGCCGGUGAACAUCGAGCGGUACCUGCAGGAGGCCGGAUACGGAGAAACCAACAGCUACACCGUCUUCUGAUCGCACAGUGUGGGACCUUCGUCAAAAUCCUUGGUCGUCCGUACAGCAAAUUACAGACGACCAACUCCUGCAAAAUCCAAAUUUCUGGUCGUCCGUACAAAUUUCUGGUCGUCCGUAAUUUGCUGUCCUUGGCAGCUUUGGGGUUUUUCACCCCCUGUAUGUAUCUCCACAUAGUUAGCACAAAGUCUCUUAGCACAAAAAUAUCACAAAAAUGUCACACCAAAAAAGUCCUAAGACCACAUCAUCCCUGAGAAUAUUCCUGGUUACAAAACCCAAGCGUCUGCCCUAAUAACCUGUGUGAUCCAAACGGAGACCUGUGUGGAGAGAUGUGGGAAUCGAACCUCCAAACAUCGAAUAAUAAGAAAAAUCGGAAAUGAAACUCUUCAUUAUCCAUUAUAGCCCCCUCUGUACUGUCAAUCAGAAGCGAGACCCCUAAGGAAAGUUGGGAACCGAAGCAAUAAAUGGUUAGAGUUGGAAUCGACAUCGCUCAACAUCCACACGAACCCCAACCGGAAACUGAAACCUGAUGCGCAAUGACACAAGAUGGCGGCCUCCUGCAGGUUGAGAACCGAGAAGUUAUUCGUUGUUUUAAAUUGGUAAGAAAUCAUUUAAUAUGUCAUUCUGAGCGGCGGUCGUCCGAGCGGACGAGCAAGAAUGUAGACAUCGUAAUGACGAGUCGUCCGGCCGAGUUUCAGGUCGCUACGGACGAGCGCGAAGGUCCCACACUGUGAUCGCACCAAGAAACUGUCGGAACUGUUCCAACGGGAGCGGAGACGUUUCAUGUUUGUUCUUCUGCAGAUUCACACCUCAGGAAAAACUCUGGGAAUCACCGGAUUUAAUCUCAUCUGUGUUAAUAAUUAGUUUCUGUUUCCUAAACUUGACAAUCAGCAGCCGAGCCGGGAGGUAAAACCCGUCUUCAUACGCGUUCAUCUGCUUAGAUUCCUAAACACUGCCUCUGAAAUUCAGACUUUCUUCCUAAACCUACAGUUAAGCACACACUGCAAAAACUCAAAAUCUCACCAAGUCUGUUUGUCUUAUUUUUCGUCUCAUCCCGCUUGAUUUAAGAUAAAUUCACUAAAGAAAACAAACAAGUGACAUUUCAGCAGAUGGAGGGACUCGUUUUAAGACGACACAUCUUAAAUAUCUUGUUUUAACCCUCGCGCCGUCCUGCAGGUGAAAUUGAUGCGUUUUAAAUUCUAAAAAUGUGGGGAAAAAUAUAUAUUUCACAGUGAAAACUUUCACAUUUUCAUUUUUUUUUUGAAAAUUUUUGAACAUUUUUAAUGGAAAAAAAGAAAUGUUACAAAAAGUGUUUCUUUCAGAACAUUCAGAAAAAA